GUAAUCGGGAGUACUUCGCCUGCGUUGGAAGCGACCGUAUGGUUCUACAGAGUGUGUGUACAGAAAAGGGACUAAAAGGAGAAAUCAGAAGAAAACAUGGGAUUUGUAGAGGAUACGCUUAUUAUACUUGUAACUCAGAUAUUAUUCUUUGUUGGAGGAUGGGUGUUUUUUGUGAAGCAGCUUUUCCGUGACUAUGAAGUUCACCAUACCCUGGUGCAGCUUAUAUUUUCUGUUACGUUCUCCUUGUCAUGCACAAUGUUUGAGCUGAUAAUAUUUGAAAUUCUUGGUAUUCUGGACUCAAGCUCAAGAUACUUCCACUGGAAUGUUGGAUUGUAUCUGAUGUUGUUCAUGGUGAUAGUACUUAUACCAUUUUAUAUUGGCUACUUCAUUCUGAGUAAUAUUCGUUUUGUGAGACGACAACUUAUUCGACCACUUACUGUGCUGAUCUGGUUGGUGUACAUCUACUUCUUCUGGAAGAUUGGAGAUCCAUUUCCAAUACUGAGUCCCAAACAAGGCAUACUGUCCAUUGAGCAGGGCAUCAGCAGAAUAGGAGUUAUUGGAGUCACUGUGAUGGCCCUGCUAUCAGGAUUUGGUGCUGUUAAUUACCCUUACACAUCAAUGGCUUGCUUCAUCAGGCCGGUUGAUCCAAAGAAUGUCCAGGCUGUGGAGAAACGACUGAUGCAAACAAUGGAUAUGAUACUAGUCAAGAAGAAGAGAAUAGCUCUUGUUAAGAGGGGUACACUAGCAAGUAGUGCAAGAAUGGGAUCAGGAAACACCAGCAUCUGGAGUAUGUUUAGGACUGUAACUAAGACCAUCAGCAGUAAUAGUACAGAAAAUGUGUCUCAGCUGAAACAAGAAAUAGCUGGACUGGAGGAAUUGAGCAGGCAGCUUUUUCUGGAAGCACAUGACCUGCAUAACAUGCAGGAACGAGCUGAGUGGUCCAAUACAUGGAAGGGGAAGUAUUUCAAUUUCCUUGGAUACUUCUUCUCACUUUACUGUAUGUGGAAGAUAUUUAUAUCAACUAUCAACAUAGUUUUUGACAGAGUUGGAAAGAAAGAUCCAGUAACCAGAGGCAUUGAAAUUGCAGUACAUUGGGUCGGCAUUAAUAUUGAUGUGACUUUCUGGUCACAACAUAUUUCAUUCUUUCUUGUUGGCUGCAUUGUGGUCACUUCUAUUAGAGGUCUUCUUCUGACACUUACAAAGUUCUUUUAUGCUAUAUCCAGCAGCAAGUCCUCGAACAUAAUUGUUCUCAUUCUAGCUCAGAUAAUGGGCAUGUACUUUGUGUCAUCUGUGUUGCUGAUGCGGAUGAACAUGCCACCAGAGUACCGAAUCAUCAUUACACAAGUCCUGGGUGAACUACAGUUUAAUUUCUACCACCGAUGGUUUGAUGUCAUUUUUCUUGUUAGUGCUCUCUCAUCAAUUGGCUUCUUGUACCUUGCUCAUAAGCAAGCUGUGGGUGAUGGUGGCUAAAAGCUGCCAGCAUACGGCAGCAAUCGGAGCAUAAUGUGUCAGUCAAGAUAUUAAUAUCUCUAAGAAUGCUGUUUUAUGGAGGUAUUGUCAUAUUUUGACAUUUCUGUUUGUUCAGGAAUAAUGUAACAUCAGUCACAAACAAAUAAUGGUGAUUCAUUUCUUAGAAGUCACUCUGAGAGAGAGACAAUUAAUAAAUAUCUGUUUUAAUCUUUCAGUCAGCAAAAUACUUCUAAACAAUGAAAUUUGCUUUAUUAAAUUUUAUAAUAUUAUUAUGAUUUUGUCCUUAAUACCAUCUAUUGCAUCCAGAUGUUGCAACACAGGGAACUGACUGAAUAUUGUGAAAUUCAUGCAACAGACUGGUAAUUAAUAAAUGAUACUGCUAACUAUUUGCAAUUCCAAUAGCAUAGUGAUGAAGAAAACUAUAUCCAAAAAUAUAUCAAAUGAGGAUGUCAAACUGUGUGAUACAAUUCUAAAAGUUGUUAUUGGUAAUUUCAGUAGUGUAGUGUUUUGUACAUACUAAGUUUCAGGUGACUGAUGAGUCACAUAUCAUGCAUCAUCUUCCAAAACCUUCAUUCAUUUGUUUGUUUGUUUGUUUGUGUGUUUGUGUGUGUGUGUGUGUGUGUGUGUGUGAACAAUCUAACAAUUUCAUAGAUGUGGGAAGGAAUUAUGUACUAAAACGUAUUAAAAAAUUGGGUUCCUCUGCUGCUCUUGUUAAAUUAUACCUGUAAUUUUAUGCUUCUAACAACAAUACAGUGCUUCACUAGGAUAGGAAAUUCUUUAUUAAUUGUGUAUUGCUUUCUGAAGAUUUGAAUGAAGUAUAGUGGAAUGAAUGUCUGCAUGGAGAGGCACUGCACCUUGAUUCGGCACUAUGUAGUCACCGAGAGGUGCAUGUGUAGCCUAUAGUUCCGAAGAAGCAAUAUUCUCAGUCUUGUUCAUGUGCUUGUUGAUGGCUCAAUGUCUCGGCUAUUCAGCUACUUAGUGAGUUGUUAUCUUUACUACUCCCAUUAUUUAUCUUCCACCAAGGACUUUCCAUUACCAUUUUAAGAUGUGAGUUAACUAUAUAUGACAAUAACACAUUUAAACAGAGCAUAAAAUAUGAGUGGCAAAUACUAUACUAACGUCUGUUUUUAAUCAUUUAGAACCAUGUUUUGUAUACUGAAUGUGAAUAUAAAAAUUAACUGAGAAUGAUUGUGAAGAAAGUGAAGUGUAUGGGUCAGUCAACACUGUCUUCAAGUGUAAUUAACGAGAUGUGUGAGAGUUAAGACAUGAAAACAAACAAACUACUACAAAG